GUCGUUCGGCGUCCGGUCCAAUCACGGAUCGACGGCAGCAUCCCUGAAUCUCCGUCGGUCGGUCGCAUUCCCGUCGUGGCCGAGUGGCCGUCAGUGCAUCAAUAGUGGCCGCCUCGAGACGUGACGACUGGUGGCCGCCGUUGACCCCGGCAUGACCCUACGCAGCCCCAUCGGCCGCAGUUUUCUCUGGAUGGAUCUGAUCCAGAAUCUCAGCAGUUUUCAUGCCAAGAAUUUAGCAUUGGGCAGAACCGACUGACUGACUUGACUGCGUGAGCGGUGCCAAAAAGAAGCAAAAUGGGACAAGACUGUAGGAGUGUGCUUUUCUUCAGCACCUGCUUUCUUCUCGUAUGGGCUGCAAAUAUCCUUGCAGAUGUGCCUGGUUUGCGAUUUGCUCGGCAUCCUGUGUCGACCGUGGCUGUACCUGGCGCAGAAGUGGUUCUCGAAUGCGCGCUUAAUGUGUCUGCAGACAGGGUUUUGUGGCAAUUGAACGGCCAACCGCUGUCUCCAAUAGCCAACAGAGCUAGCGGCCGGCUAGUUGUCCGACUAGCUAAAGAGAAAGAAGACUAUGAGCUGCAAACAGGCAUCUAUCAGUGUGUGGCGUGGUUUGGUGCGUCGGCAAUGGCGUCCCUGCCGGCAGAGGUGGCCGUCGCCCACAUGGAAGAACCCUCUGGCAGCUCACUCACCUCCACUGUCCGCACCAGUUCAGGCAACGUCGUGUUCCUCUCGUGCCCACCGCCGAAAAGCACCCCUCCAGCGCAGGUCACCUUCAGAAGGGACGGCCACCAACUGUCAGCCCACGUUUCCGAGCAGGGUGGCCUCCUGCUGGCCAACGUGACUCCGGCUGACAGUGGCCGCUACUCUUGUUCGGCCACUAACACGGUUGCUGGUCAAACUGUGGCACUGCCCAUGAACUUCCAGCUGCAGGUCGAAGCGGCGCCCCGCCAGAAAGUGGCCCCACACUUUCCCCUGUCUGCACCCUCCAACUACUCUGUUCUUGCUGGCAAAGAUGUGACUUUGGAGUGUCCCGCAUCUGGAUGGCCACCACCGUCCUUUACUUGGUCCAAGUACGGCGGCUCUCUUCCAGCAGAAAGAACUGCCAUGAUUUCAGCAGCCCUCUUACUUUCCAAAGUUAGCAGGGCUGAUGAAGGCACCUACGUCUGCGAAGCCAAAAACUCCUUUGGCGCACCUGUCAAGUGCAUCAUUUCAUUACACGUCAUGGAACCUCCUGUUGUUGUCAAAGAGCCGAUGAGCAAAAUGGUCGAAGAGGGUGGUGAAGUUCAGCUUGAGUGUUCAGCUAGAGGUUGGCCCACUCCGGAAAUCAAGUGGUUGCUGAAUGGCAACUCCGUGGACCGUGACCCACACAUAACUACGGCAGGUGGCCGCCUUUCGAUCAGACUAGUGGAGAAACGGCAUGCUGGAAUCAUCCAAUGCUUUGCCUCCAGCUCCAUGGGCAGCGCCUUUGGUCUUGCAAUGCUGCAGGUUCAGCCAAAAACCAUAAACUCCAGACCAAACAAUGAAGAAUUUUUUGACCAGGAUGAGUUUGAGGAGCAAGGCAGUAGCAAAGGUGAAAAGAACAAUCGUCGCAGGAAUAAGGACAAGAAGGAAAGGAAGCAAAAGGGGCAUGCUGUGAUGAUUCCGCCAUCAUUCCCAAAUAUCACCCGAUUAUCUGAUGAGUCAGUGAUGGUUCGUUGGGACGUGCAGUCUGACAAAGGACUGCCGAUUCAGUUUUUCAAAGUGCAGUACAAAGACAUGGACAAAGGUCGUUGGAACACAAUCGACGAAGACAUUCCAUCACACAUCCGCAGCUACGAAGUUGAUAACCUCAAGCCUGACCACUAUUACAAGUUUAGAAUCUCAGCAGUUUACUCAAACAAUGACAACAUGCAAGGACACAACUCUGCCAGGUUUCAUCUGCAAAAGGAGCCGACUACCAAGAAGCCCCUCUACGCACCCACAAUAACUUACGGGGAAGCGGCAAGUACGUCUGCAAUCACCAUCAAGUGGGAGUACACAAGUGUCCCAAGUGUGCCUGUUGAGGGAUUUUUCAUCUAUUACCGAUCCAGCACCAUGGCUGGAGAUUAUACGAAGGCCACUGUCAUGGGAGCGAACACUAGGGAAUUUUUGAUUACCCAUCUUUUACCUGAUAGCUCUUAUGACAUCAAAGUCCAAGCUUUCAACAGUGCAGGAACAUCUGGCUUCAGCGAAGUUCGAUACUACAGAACGCUAUAUGUGCUAACCUCUGAAGAGCCUUCAAGCACAGAGUCCAUCCCAGGAGGUGGAGGCCUGGGAGUUGGCUUGGGCAACAAAGGGGAGACCUUGUCUCUAGGUUUGAUCCUCGGGAUAAUUUUCGGGGGCCUCCUGCUUUUGAUUGUCCUGCUGUGCCUGGGCGUCUACUUUUGCAAGCACUCCAACUCAAGAACGUCUGCCUCCGAACAUGAUACUGAUAAAGAGGCUCAGGCCUAUGGUUUGGUUACCGUUGGAAAACCAAUUACGAAUGGCACCACUCACCACGUCCACCAGAUCAGACACACCCAUAGGCAUCAGCAGAGAGUGCACAUAACUUCAAACCCAUUAGCCAGCACCACAGAACACUUUAAGGUUGAGAGUGUGGUGGAAGUGGCCAGCCAAAACAACAACUGCUCAGAUCCUGCGAGAAGGCGGCUUCGAACAAAUUCGUUAGAUGAUGAAGAGGACGAUGGUGUGAGUGUAUCGGAAGGGGCUGGGGGCAGCAGUGAGGAGGAGGCGCCUCCGGUGCCGCCCAGACAACUCGACAGUAAUUACGUUUGAAAUGUGAUGGUGUGCCAAUCUCAAGAGAACAAACACUCGUAAUUUAUUUUGCAGUUCAACUAAUGUGAUAACUUUAUUUUUGUCCAGACGAAGCCUUGUUUCUUUGCAUUUGUAUUGCCAUUUUUCUGGAAUUGUGUGUACAGAGCCUUUUUGUACAAAUAGGUCCCCCGCAAUUGAGCCCCGUCUCUCUCUCUCUCUCUCUCUCUCUCUCUCUCUCUCUCUAUUGCAAAGCAUGAUGUGCAAUUACAUUGAAUCUCUCUCAAUGUGCAGCUCGAACAACAGAAUUGUGUAUUUUACAUUUUACUCAUUACACGAUGCUGUAAUUUUGAAAGGGCAAUAGUCUUGCUAAAUUGUCCAAUUUAUAAUUUUGUGGUGCAGCUAUUUUUUUCCAAUCAUUAUUAUUUGAUGCCGAAUGUACUUAAACAUGAUUGCCAUAAUUUAGAUAUCAGAUUAAUAACUUUUUAUCUGUAGUUUUGAAAAUUGGAAAUUUUCAAUUCUAGUCCCAUCGCAUUUUUACCGAAUGUUACUUUUGCUAAGGUGUUGGCAAUUUUUUAUAUCUAUAAGACCCGAUUUUUUUUAAUCCGUCAAAACGCUUCCCCACUUCUCAUUUAAUAAUUUUACAAACAUGACCGGUGUAAAGAAUUUUAAACUGUAAUCUCCAGCAGCUCUUGCCCAUUAACACUGAAAAAUCUCACAGAGCCCAUUAACUGAUUGAAGUUCUUCAUCUGGAUAGGACAGACUGCGUUUAGGUGUAAAAUCCAAUCCGAAAGACUGCAUUUGGAUCUAGGAGACAAUUUUAAAACUUUGUGUAUUAUAUAAAAAUAUUAAAAAUGUGAAAAGGAUGUACAAUAAUUAUAAUAUGAUGGAAUUGAUUAAUGCGUCUCAAGUCAGAAGUCUGAUUGUAAAUAGAGCAAUUAAGUGUUCACUGGUUAGUGAAGAAAGACAAAAUCGAAUCCUGUGUAAAGUAUUUCCACAACGAGUAAAUUGUUGAAAAUAAAACACUGCUAAUAUUUUUCUUAUUUUA